GGGAGAGGAAUAAAAACCUAGCAGCAGUCAGUCGGAGGUGUGGGGACCGGACGGGGGACGGAGACGGCGGAGACGCGCGGGGCCACACGUGGAGGGACAAACACACGGGGCUUCACUUUGGAGGAGGAGGAGGAGGAGGAAGAGGAGGAAGAGGAGGGAAGAAACUGAAAAAUAACCCCGAAGUCAUAACCAGCAGUUCGCCGCUUUCCCCCGGGCCGAGAUACAACGAUGCUCCCCGAGGAGCCCAAUAGGUGACUGCUGGAAGCACCGGAGGGGCGCGCUUCUUGUUACCCGGUGUCGCCGGUCGAGAAAGUGAGCCGCGAAGUGGGCGCGCGGGGAGAGAGCGGGAGCAUGGAAAACCUCUGGAGGAGGCGGAGGACGACGACGACGACGACGCAGGCGCUGAGAUGGAAGUGGCUGAGAAACUCGCUGCUGCUUUGUUUAUUCACCGGUGGAACUGAGGCCCAGUGUGAAGGCUGUAUAGAGUAUUGCUGCGAUGGAUCACCCCCUUUCUGCUGCUCCUACUAUGCCUAUGUAGGGGACGUCCUCUCGGGCACUGCCAUCUCCGGUAUCGUUUUCGGCGUGGUGUUUUUGAUGGGGGCAGUGGCGGCGCUGUUCCUGUGCGUGUGUAUGUGCAUGAAGAAUGGGCGUGGAGCGCGGGUGGGGGUGUUCAGCACCUCCUACAUCAACACUGUGACCCAGGGCUAUCCAGGUCCUCCACCUCCGUACACGUACGACUACGAGAUGUACCCUCCCUCCCUGCACCCCCCGCCCUACACCCCAACCCAGCCUCGGCCCGCCAACUACUCCCCUCCUCCUCCCUACCCGGGCUGCACCCGCAAGUGAAAUCCCUGCCGCGCAGGCCAGCCACCGGCCGGCUCCAAAGAAACUCCGGUGGCCCGGUUCCCCAGACCCGGAGAUGACUGUACACUUCUGGCCUAUAAAGCAAUGUUGUUAACUAUUCGGGUUAAAGACAAUUCUAGGGAGCCAAAAAAAUUUCGGCAUUAAAACAAAAAGGGAGGCCUAGUGCAUAUUUGGUUCGGCAGGAGUCUGGACCAAAUGGUGUUUUUUUGGGGGGGGGGGUAAUAAUUUAACAUGCUGUGGCUCAGGAGGCCCAAAGAAGGCCCCAACAUGUGCACGUUCUGCAGCUAGCCCGCAGCCGGUACUUUUUUCCCCACUAAUGACCAGUAUUCGUAACCAUCUCGCUGCCUGUGCACAUCAAAGGCAGUGUGCGGCUUUGACGAAGGGGAAGACCACUGUUGUCAGCAUGGAGGCAAAAGUCUGUCCAGGAGACAAUUUAGACUCUGCUUUUAUGGAAAUGAUCACCCCCCCCUCCCUUUUUAAAUUUUUUUUUAAGCUUGAUUUAUGCCAGUGACUUAGGUGGAAGUUUGAUGAUUAAAGCUGUUUUUAAACAAGUCAGGUCUGGACCUGUCGUGUAGACACAAAGGCUUGAACAUAAUGCAGAAUAAUACUGACCUUAAUGGCAUGGAAAACUUGAAAGGACUGGGCUGUUGGGUUAUGGCCUUACUUGAAACGAUGCGCGUGUGAAAACUGAACUGGGGUCACAUCACGUUCAGCUGAACCAAAAUGGAUUCUCUUUUGAAAAGGAAAAAUUGUAAAUCUUUUGCCUUUUGCAAGACUCUCGAAAAUUUGUGACGCAUUCACCAUUUGAAUUGCAGUUGUAGGCUCAUUAAGGUUUGCAAUUGAAAGUGAAUUGACCACACUGUGCUAUGACUAAUUCAUUUGAUGGAUGAUUGUGAAUGAUGGAAGGGAUUUGACCGUAUUAAUCAUGUGUCAGGUAAAUGAUUUUAAGUGUUUCCUUACUGUCUCAGUGGCUGUGUUGUAAUUAAAAAUGUGAUUAAAACGA